GGUGUGACUGUACCGGACUAGUUACGGUUCCGCGUGCUGAACCGCGGUUCACAGGUUCACAGUGAAGUUUCGGGUCAGCAGUGAUCCUCGACGCUAACUCCUUGCCUUUUGCUUGUGAAAGAGAAGGGAACUACUUCAGCUACACCUGCGUCGAGUUUUUACCAUGGCGAACCCAAAUGAAGACACGCAGUGGAAUGACGUUCUUAGGCAAAAGGGGAUCCUGCCGCCCAAGGAAGAAGCGGAGAAGGCUUUCACUGAGGACGAAAUAGUGAACAUCGUAGAGUCAACAGUUCGAGAAAAACUUAAUGGUGCCGAAAAGGCAAUGGAAGACAUGACCCUGGAAGAACUUGAAGAACUUGAGGAUGAAGAAGAUGAAAGAGUGCUUCUGGAAUACAGACAGAAGCGUCUUGCAGAGAUACAGGCUACAAUGCAAAAGUCUCGCUAUGGUGACGUGCGGGACAUCUCUGCAGACGACUACGUGGAGCAGGUGAACAAGGCUGGUGAAGGAGUUUGGGUCGUUCUCCAUCUCUACAAACCUGGCAUUCCAUACUGCACACUGAUCAAUCAGCACCUCAACCAACUAGCGCCAAAGUUCAGGAUGACCAAGUUCCUAAGGAGUGUGUCGUCCAACUGCAUCCCAAACUACCCAGACCACAACCUGCCGACCAUAUUCGUGUAUCGCGAUGGCCAACUGAAGAAGCAGUUCGUCGGACCCAACGUGUUUGGAGGCAUGAAGUUGAAAGUAGACGAGCUGGAGUGGAUGCUUGCAGAAGUUGGCGCAGUUGAAACGGACUUGGAAGAGGAUCCCAGGCCAAAGACAAGGGAUGUUCUCUUAAGCACCCUGAAGGCAAACUAUGAUGACGCUAAUGACUGGUGAAGCAGACUACUCUCCCAGGCUCUGAAACAUCUUUAUCUUGGGACAUAUUGGUCUUUUGCGGCCUUCCCUUAAUCAUGGGGUGAUGUGGACAUCUAUGUGAACUGUAAAGAUCGACACAGUCUUUCUACAUUGUUCAUUUGUGGCCAAAGCAACCUGUGCUUUUGUGUUGGAAAUGAAGUGCGUGCCUGUUCUCUGUACCUUUUUAAUGUAGCAACAGAAUGGCCUUUACUGUGCAAUUUUCUAUCAGCUGAGUGGAGACGGCAAACAUGUAUCAGCCAUUGCAAGGCACCGGUGAUUAAGUUUUGUAACCCUGAUUUUGCAUUUGUUCUGCAUAGGCAAGUUACUUAAUAAUGGAGAUAGUGGCGAACAAGCAUCCAGUCCUGAAUCAUGCGACCAUACCACUGAUAAUGUUGCAGUGCCACAGAUGUCGUAGCGUUAUUGCUUACUUAGGUGUCUCUUGUUCGAUCUUAUUUCAUAACGCAGUGCGGUCCUUUGUAAUGCAGUGCAUUACAAAGUAUAGCCUCGACCAGACAUUGCAAAAACCUAUGUAGACCCACUGAGCUGGUGUGGGAAACUGAAGUGGUGCCUUUGACAAUUGCGUCAUUUUCUCAUGUAUCAAGGGAUACAUUGUUUUCUUCUGCCCCUCUUUACAAAGAUGCUAAGGAUGGGUGAGAGAGGGAGAGGAGGAGAGGGAGCCAGAGAGGUUAACCAGAAUAACUUUCUGUUUACUACCCUUCAGGUGAGCAGGAGGAAACAGGCUACACAAGGGGGCGAGAGUGCAAUGAAAGAGGGGAAAAAUUGAUUUUCACAGAUAGGUUCCGGUAAGCAGCAGUGCAGGAGAAAGGAGCAAAAGAAUGACAAUGAAUGUGUGUCUGUGUGUGCAGUGUGAGGAGGUCUUGGGCAGAUAAUCAAGGAACUCGUUGGAAUGUGUAGCUAAAGUGCUUAGUCUGUGACGCUGUGGCUGCGAGAUGCAAUCGUGAGCACAGAAUGCUGAGUGAAAGAAUUUGACUGAAGUCACUAGACAGUGCAGUAACAGCUCCCUUGAGAUAUUUCACUGAGGAAUGAAAUAUAAAGUAUUGAAAUGAAAAGUAUUGUCUGUGCUGUCCUAGCAUCACAUGUCGGCAAUAAAUCUGUAACAUUACUUACUUAGGAAAUGUAAGGGGGUUAACCAAGAGGCCCGAUUUUAUUAGUCAUAGCAUAAGAAGCCAACAAACACUGACACCAAGGACAACAUAUGGGAAGUUACUUGUGCUUAAUAGAUGAAAUAAAGAAACAAUAAAUUAAUGGAAACAAAAGUGGAUGAAAAAACAACUUGCUGGAGAUGGGGAACGAUGCUGCAACCUUUGCAUUACAUAUGCGAUGCUCUACCGAUUGAGCUACCGAGGCGCAUUUGCUUUCCUAGUAGAACCCUGGGAACGUUAGCAACCGCCACCACUCAUAAACCUUGGUGGCGGAUGUGGAACAUCCUUUCUGCUGCAGGUGUCGCGAGAAUGUAAUCUUUUUGGGUGAAGGCAACUGUGGUGUCAUUCCUCACCUGCGGCAAGUUGUUUUUCAUCCACUUUCAUUUCCAUUAAUUUAUCGUUUCCUCACUUCAUUUAUUAAGCACAAAUAAUUUCCCCUAUGUUGUCCUUGGUGUCAGUGUUUGUUGGCUUCUUAUGCUAUGACUAAUAAAAUUGGACCCCUCGGUUAACCCCCUUUCUUCUCGUUUGGUACAUAACGAGGGUCUUGAAUCCUGCAACAUUGACGCCUUCAGGUAGCAUGUGUGGGUUUAUUGACCGAUUGCCUUCACCAAAAACGAUCACGUUCUCAUGAAGCCUGCGGCAGAAAGGUUUGUGAGUGGUGGCGCUGUCUAACGCUCCCACGGUUCUACUAGAAAACACAAAUAUCCAAGAAAGUGGAUGCGGAAACGGUGCCGCAGUAGCUAUAUUGGUAGAGCAUCGCACGCGUAAUGCAAAGGUUUGGGGAUCGUUCCCCACCUGCGGCAAGUUAUUUUUUCAUCCGAUUUCAUUUCCAUUAAUUUAUUGUUUCUUUAUUUCAUUUAUUAAGCACAAAUAAUUUCCCCUAUGUUGUCCUUGGUGUCAGUGUUUGUUGGCUUCUUAUGCUUAGGGAACGUAAGUGAUGUGUGCACCUAAUUGCCCGCAUAGGAAGAAAAUUGUUUUUCUAGACACAUGGGCUAAUGAGACCUGCUGCACAGCCAGUGCCAAAAAAGUUUACGGGACGUGGGUUCCAUGCACUUUCCUGGUUAGGGACAUGCAUCAAUAGGGCUUGAUUGCAAAGACGUCUUUGUUCUUGAUUUAUGUACACAUUGAAAAACCCCAUGAAAACAAAAUUAAUUUACAUCUCUCAUUACCACGUACCUCGUUCCCAGUUGAUGCUUUGGAACAAGAAAUCCAAAAUUAAUAAUCAUUCUGUCUUGCAUGUGAGGGCUGCACAUGUUGGCAAUGCUGCUGUUGCUCGCUGUGUUGGCAAUGACUGUGCUAGAAUUUCAAAGUACUAGAAACAUUUCAACAUGAUCCUGCAGUAGAAGCUAAGUAAUGAGGAUUUGUAUACCACUCGAAACCAGUAUUUAAUUCAAAGUCAAUGCUGUAACCAAAUUUUGCUCAAUGGCAAAAUCAACUCAUAAAACAAACCUUCAGAAUCAAUCUUGGCUCCUUUAACCGCUAUUUACAUGUAGACGGUAGCUUUACCUUCCUUUUUAUUUCAUAUCAGAUUAAUAGUUGUUUUGCAUCGCAAAACAUUUGUAAGUUAGUUCAGUUUACAUACAAGCUGAAUGCUGAUUUUAACCAAAUUUGAACUAUAGUGCAUGAUGCAACUGGGAGUGUUUGUAUGUGUAACACGUCUGGUGAUAUCGAGGUAUGCAUGUGUAAGCCUUCUCAUGUUCCCAAGUGACACGAAAGAGAAAGCAGUGGACAAGGCGCAGCUGUGCUCAGAACACGUAUAACAUCAUAGAGUAAUGCCAGCAUAAGUAGGCAGUAGCUGGACUCAAAAAUUUGAGAAAAAUUGACUGACAAGCUAGGCUAAUUGUCAUUAUGAAACUGCAAGCACUUCCCACUGCUACUGCUUGUGCCAAGUCACUCAUGCCUAGGUCAUCUGCUCCGUACAAUUUGACAUAAGUAAGUUCUUGGUGGUGAGCAUAAAUAAUCUGUCUGAAGAUAACGAUCAAGGGUGCAGAUAUUAAUCCUUGAAUUGAAUUUGCAUAACACCUGUGCAACUCCCAGUCUUCCUGUCUGACUCAUAAAUCUGUGAUGUCAGUAAGAUCAGAUAUGAUUCAAAUUUCAUUGUAAUCUGUCAACCUUGGAAAGCUGCUUCAGUUCUUGAGUAUGCAUGCCAAAAGAUCCAGCAGUUUUCUUUUAACGUCUUUUAGUAUUGUGGAGUAGCAAUAUCUUUUUGUAAUGUGAGUGCCUUGGAUAUGUAUUUCACACAGUAAUUAAACUUGCUGACAGUAUUGUCCUCCACCUUUGCACUCUGUGCUCUCUAGUUCAUACUUAAUGCUAGCCUUGUACUUUUGUGUUGUGUCGGGUAACAUACCAUAUUCAUCACACGGCAGUUGCUCCAAGAGACGUCUAGUGAAAUUAUGUUGCGAGGUUCUGUCUUUCGGCGUAUUGUUGGCUGCGUGUGAUACUUCUGGAGACUGUUGGAUGCAUAUUUCAUUGUUCUAUUUAUUGCACAGGGAAAUUGAAUAAAAAUUUCACAAAGAGUU